UAGGGUUAUUUCUUGAAUAAAUAUAUAUAAGAUUUAAAUUCUUACUAUGAUAAUACCAGUUCGUUGUUUUUCCUGCGGAAAAGUCAUUGGAGACAAAUGGGAUAUGUAUUUAAUUUAUCUUCAGGAAGAUAUUUCUGAAGGAGAAGCACUUGAUAAACUAGGUCUUAAACGUUAUUGUUGUCGGCGUAUGAUUUUGACACACGUUGAUUUAAUUGAAAAGUUGCUUCAUUAUAAUCCUCUUGAACGUUCAAUGCGUGAUAUAUAAGUUUAUAUAGUCAGUAUAUUUAAUAUGAAAAAGAAAUGAAUACCGG